CAAUUGCUUCCCUUUUCGAUGUCCCUCUGAAUCGGUUCCUUAGCAUACGACACCGUUAGCCACUAAUUCUCACCGGUCGGCAAGAUGUUCAGACCUGUUGUUCGACUUUCAACCUCUGGGGUACGGAGUUUAACGCGGACACGACCAUGCUACUCGGCUCCUUCGGCCUCCCGAUGCUACUCCCAUGCCAAGGUGGAGACAGAUGAGGAGUUCGAUGCCCGUUGGGUCACUUAUUUCAGCAAGCCAGACAUUGAUGCCUGGGAGCUGAAGAAAGGCAUGAACACACUAAUUGGCUAUGACCUGGUACCUGAACCCAAAAUCCUCGACUCAGCUCUUCGUGCUUGCCGAAGGUUGAAUGACUUGGCCAGUGCUAUCCGCAUCCUCGAGGCAGUCAAGGACAAAUCUGGUCCCCACAAAGAUAUCUACCCAUACCUGAUUCAAGAACUGCAGCCCACUCUGAUUGAGCUGGGUAUCUCCACACCUGAGGAUCUGGGCAUGGACAUAUUAUAGACAUCCUCUGGGUCAUCUGGUGUCCAACAAGAUGAACCACUUCUUCAAGUCUGCCUUGUCCUGGUGUCUGAUGUUGAUUUAAUCCACACUCUCCUGUUGUGUACAAAAUUAUGGAUUUAAUAAAGAAAUAUCUAUUGA